AUGGCUGUCCCCCACGACGAGCUGCGUCUAUUCGACCAGUGCAAGGCCUGCAUCAUAUGCUCUAAAGAUCUGCCCGCGUCUACUGCUCAUCAGUUGGCGGCCACCUUCGAGAGUCACGGUGGAGAGUCCGUCAUCUAUGAAGCCCCCGCGACCUUUCCUCAGUUAGAGGAGUUUACACACCUCAUCUCCCUGACCAUCGACUUUCCCGCGUUCGAAGCCGCCCAUGAUGCACUGAUUCCGGUCGUCAAACCGCAAUGGGUGCAUUCCUCGCUGUCCAAACGGAAGCUGGCCAACCCACGCCAGUUCAGCCCCGAUCCGCGUCUAUUUCUGAGCGACGUCGUGGUCUGCUGCGGAGAUAUCCCAGAAGGUGAUAAGGAUGCGAUUCUGGGCGGCGUCGUAGCAAAGGGUGGUCUCUACACGUCGAGACUGCACCAGACGGUGACGCACCUGGUGGAUCUGACAACGAACUCCGACAAAGCCCGACUCGUCCUUUCGCGGAAGUUGAACAUUAAAAUUGUCCUUCCUCAUUGGUUCGACGACUGCCUCAAACUUGGACGACGAAUCGAUGAACGCCCGUAUACGCUUCCUGACCCCGAGAUCCUCCGCGCCGCUCCUGAUGCACCCAUUCGCUCCUCAGACAAUAAGGAUAUUGUUGGCGCCUCGACUCCCGAACCGAAAAGCCUGCCGACCCCCGUCACCUCGCCUCUUAAGCGCCCUAAACUCGACGUUUUCGCAGGCAAGCAGAUCAUGCUCUCGACAGACCUGGGGAUUGGAUCGCACCUACUCAACUCCAUCACCGAGAUCAUUGAAGAAGGCGGAGGUUCGGUGGUUUCAGACGUUGCGAAAGCGGAUAUCCUGAUCUGUCGCUACCGAGAAGGAGUCGCGUACCGCAUCGCGUCCAGACUCAACAAGGACGUCGGAAACCUCUCCUGGCUGUACCAUCUGAUGACUUACAAUACGUGGACCUCCCCCUACCGACGGAUGCUUCAUUACCCGGUCUCCCGCACAGGGAUCCCUGGGUUCAAAGGCCUCAAAAUCAGUCUCUCCAACUACGUGGGUGAAGCGCGAGUCUACUUGGAGAAUCUGAUUGCUGCCACGGGUGCAGAGUGUACCAAGACUCUCCGAGAAGAGAAUACCCACUUGGUGACGGCCCAUGGGCAACAGCGCGAAAUGCAAAAGAAGAAGAACCAUACAAAUAAGAAGGAGUCUGCCCCUAAGAAGGCGUCGUCGAACAAGGCACCCAGACUUGAUAGUGAAGUUACAGCCCCGGCGAACGAAACACCUCGUGCUGUCAACAAAUCACGAAAAGUCUCAGACAACAAGAAUAUACAGACUCCCGCUCGUGCCAGGCUCUUGUCCGAAGGCAAAGAGAAUGAGACGCCAUCGUCGACAAGCAGCCGCAAGUCGAAAGAUGCUGCCGCCGCCCGUCUGCACGAGAUCGCUCCGGAUAUUGCUCUAUACGAGAAAGAGAUGAAACGUGUAGGGGGUGUCAUCUAUGGCGGCCGAAGGAAGACCGACGAGGACCGCAUUACUCUAGACAAGAACAGCAAGAAGCGGCGUUCAGCGUCGCCUGAGGAAGAGGACGAUGAGGCGAUCGAGGCAAAGAGACAGAAGAAGUCAAAGCCACCGGUUGUUAUGCGUCUUCUCAUUACAGGCUACCAGAAGUGGGUCGGGAACCUGAAAAGAGAAGAUACAGACAAGCGACAACUGCGCGAGCUUGGUAUUCAGGUCGUGCAGGAUGCGCGCAAGUGUACUCACCUUGCGGCUCCAUCUAUCCUCCGUACCCCCAAGUUCGUCAAUGGGCUAGCCUAUGGACCAAUGAUCAUCCGCGCAGACUACGUCACUGCCUGCUUGAAGAAGAACGAGCUGUUAGAUGCCGCCGAUUUCAUCCUCAAGGAUGAAGCGGCCGAGAAGCGGUUCGGGUUCUCGUUGGAAAAAGCCAAGGCCAACGCCAAGAAGAACAAGAAUCAACUUCUCCGAGGAUAUCAUAUCUACUGCGUCGAAUCCAUUCGCGGAGGGUUCGAAGCGUUUAAAUCAAUCGUCGAUGCAAACGGUGGAGACUGUUCGCUGUUCCGGGGACGCGUGUCGUAUCAGUCGCAGCGCGAGGAGAGUGACGAUGACAGCUCGGUUGACGAGAACCCUGGCCGGAAAGAAAUGUACCUCCUGAGCAGUGUGAUGCCGGAUCAGAUAAAGACCUGGCCGAAAUUCCGGCAGAUGGCGCUAGGCAUGGGCAAAACACCGCGAAUUGUCCGCGUCGAUUGGCUUCUUGAUAUUGCGAUGUCACAGGAACUGCGCAACGCAGAAGGGUACGAGCUGAACGAAGAUAUGGCCGACCAGGUGGAGGAAUGA